GUUGGAUCUUGAGCCGUGUCGAUUCACUGUCACAGUGACGUCUCAAGAUGAAGGUUCCCCCGUGCAUGCUCGUGGUGCUGAUGGCGGUUGUGAUGACGUUCUCGGCACAGGUCACAGAAGAAGCCGCUGGACACGAGCAGGGCCCUGAGGAUGUUGUGGGAUUUCCUGUUAUUGAUAUUCAGGUGGCCUCCACCGACGCGAAGGCUGGCCUGCUGCGGUCCCUUGGAACACGGCAUCGGAGAUAGCGUGACUGGCGUGGAUGGCGUCGCUGGGCGAAGGGACACCAUGAUUGCAAUUGGAGGGUCACUUGCUACCAUCCUCUCAGUUAUGCCGAUGAGCACGACGACGGUGCAGGGCCCUUCGGGAGCCUCGAAGACGCCGCAGACGACACCAAGCGUCCCUGCGUCGACUCCGGAGUGUACGUGCAAUAAAGGAGACAGAGACGCCGUCCAUUCGGCAGACACAUACCUGCAUGGAUAUGUGUGGCAGGACGGGUUGUGUGUAUCCCGAGGUGUGCGAGGCGCAGUGGAAUAGCCACACGGGAUGGACAUUUAAGGGAUGCAGAACACCCGAGAGUGAGAAGAAGGGAGGGAGUCUCAGAGACACGCACAGAAAAUGCCCACAUAUGUCCAUUUCUCCGAUGCAACGCAGCGGGUCGACUUCGGAUGCCCGCCGGCCGCGGCUCUGCCAACACACGUACGUCCACCACCGAGAGUGAGACGGACGACAAAGUGGAUGAGGACAACUCUGACCCGCUGGAUGUCCACACCGAUGACGGGGGCAACAGAUAUGUCGUCCUGCCCGGUAGGCAGACACGCAGAAAGGCUUCCUUUGGUCGCAUAUAUGUAUGUAGGCGUGUGUGUGCACGUGUCUCUCCUUUAGACGGCAGCAGACGCUACAUCGUCGACGACACGGACGACGACACACAAACAAAGGCCACCAGCCCCUCCUUCAAUGCCACUAUGGUGACCCCCGGCGACUUCACACUCCUCGGCGAAGGGGUGUGCCGCGGGUGGGACAAGGAUGCGAGUCAGGUGCCCGAUGGGGCAAUAGUCAAGGAGAAGGUGAGAGGAAGAGACCAUGUCACGUGUCUCGUGUCGAGUGUAUAGAGGGGACUGACAGACGUGUGGCAUGCAUGUGUGUGUCCACAGGGUGUGCCGUAUGUGCAGUGUUUUCAAGGCUGCCGAGACAUGGGCUGGUGAGCAACUGGUCACAGAAGUGUGGGACAGUGCCAGUGCAUGCCCUUCGCUUCUUUGCUUCAGGGCGUGCACGGGCAUUGACUACGUCCGUGAGGGGCUGAUUUGCACCACCUACCAGUUCGUGAUCGAUGAGGCCAAGCCGGUGUCGGCUGGCAAGGCCGCGAGAUGCUUCAAGUACACACCCCACACCUGAUGGCUGUCUGUUUGUGUCGGCUUCGUGCGCCCGGCCUUCCGUGGAUGCGAUUGAUGCAUGUGUACAUGUGAGGGUUUCUGUGGGUGGGGGGUCUGGUCAUGCAGUGCUUUGGGUGUCACGGGCCGCAGGGAAUUGUUCUCUUUUCUGUGUGAUGUGAC